AUGCGCGCUGUCCAGGGCGCCUGCGUGGCCCGCGGCAUCGCCGCCGCGCCCGCAGAGGCCUCCCGCGUCCGCCUGGCCCCCGCGGCCCCGCUCUGCCACGAAGCACGCCCCUGCAGCGCCGCGCCGCGCCCCUCUCGGCCUGCCGAGGGUGCCGUGCACCGCGAGCUCGUCGUCGCCGCGUCCACCCGGCGCCACGGGGGCUCCGCGCGCGCCCUCGCGGUCGUCCUCGACGAGAAGGACCUCGAGGCGCACGAGCCCGCGUACGACCUCGCCGAGGACGAGGCGCAGGCGCUCCCGUCCUGGGCGUGCGGGGACAGCUCCUCCCUGGGCCGCACCGCGGCGCAGACGGGCGCGACCGUGCCGCGCGGGCCGCGCACGAGGCCGAGCGCGGCGCGGUCGAGGCGGCACCAGCGCCCGCGACCGAUCGUUGGCUCGCCCGAGGCCCCCGCGGGCUCGGCCGGGGGCUGGGCGCAAGACGGGGGGCUGCUUCCGGAGCUGGGCGUGACGGACAGCUGCGACCUGGAGGAGGCGGGCCGCAGGGACGACGCCGAUUUUCUCAAGAUGCUCGGGAAGCGCCUGGACUCGGGCAAGCGCCGCUCCUGGAAGCGCGGCUCCAGACCCGAGUGGCAGCACGCCGGCGCCGCGAACACGAACGCGGUGCAGGUCUUUAUGGCCAAGGCCAGUCCUACCAACGCCCUGCUGUCGCGCGAGGAGGAGUACCGCCUCAGCAACCUCGUGCAGGCGCGCCGCGCGAUCCUCGAGCGACAGGGCGAGCUCGCCGAGGAGCUCGGGCGCGAACCCACGCACGACGAGCUCGCGGAGGCCCUCGGGCGCCCCAGCCUCACCGAGACCGAUCUCCGCGCCGAGAUGGCGCUUGGGAAGGCGGCGACGAACACGAUGAUGCGGUACAACCUGCGGCUGGUCGUGCACGUCGCGCGGCGGCACCUCGGCCGCGGCGUGGACCUGCCGGACCUCAUCAGCGAGGGCAUGGAGGGCCUGGAGCGCGCGGUGGAGCGCUUCGACCCCUCGCGCGGGUUCAAGUUCUCCACGUACGCGCACUGGUGGGUGCGGCAGGCCGUGGGGCGGUGCAUCGCGGACCAGAGCCGGGUGGUCCGGCUUCCGGUGCACGUGUACGACACUCUGCGGAAGAUCUCGCGUGUGCGGCAGGAGCUGGUCGCGGAGCGGCAGUCCGAGGACGAGCCGAGCGUGGAGGAGAUCGCGAUGGAGAUGGGCACGCGGCCCGAGCGCGUCGCGAUGCUGGUGCGCGCGGCGCGCGAGCCCCAGUCGCUGGACACGCCCGUGGACGACAGCGGGAUGUCGCGCGACGAGGCGACGCUCGGGGAGAGCAUCGCCGUGCACGACGUGGACAGGCACGGCGAGGAGUCGCGCGUGCAGAUCAUUCGCGAGGACAUCGACAUUCUGCUGGCGACGCUGGCGCCGCGGGAGCGCAACGUGCUGCGGAUGCGGUACGGGCUGGCGCGCGACGACGGCGGCACGAUGACGUUCAACGACAUCGGCGCCGCGUACGGGCUCACGCGCGAGCGCAUCCGGCAGAUCGAGGACAAGGCGCUGCGGAAGCUGCAGCACCCACUGCGGCGCGCGCUGCUGCGCAGCCACCUCUACAACAGCACGGGGCCGCGCUCCGACGCGUGA